GUUGCGCAGUGUAGGUUAGAUGGCGGCCGGCAGUGAGGCCUGGAGCGGUGCUGCCGUUUGAAAUCAGGGGCGAGGGGGGAACGUUAAGCGCCGGCGGGCCGGGGAGUGACGGAUCCGGGUUAUUGCCGCCGCUGUGUCCGGGGAGGCUGAGCCCGGGGUUUGUGUAAGGGUUCGCGGCUGCCGCAGGAUUCUCCAUCUUUGUCCCCUCGUAAACCAUCACCAUGGCGACUGAAAUUGGUUCACCACCUCGGUUUUUCCACAUGCCCCGAUUCCAGCAUCAAGCUCCCCGACAACUCUUCUAUAAAAGGCCUGACUAUGCACAACAGCAGGCCAUGCAGCAGCUUACAUUUGAUGGAAAACGUAUGCGUAAGGCUGUGAACCGCAAGACUAUAGAUUAUAAUCCUUCUGUUAUCAAAUACCUUGAGAAUCGUGUGUGGCAGAGAGAUUAUAGAGAUAUGAGAGCCAUUCAGCCAGAUGCUGGAUCCUACAAUGAUCUUGUUCCUCCCAUCGGAAUGAUUAACAACCCUCUGAAUGCUGUGACCACCAAAUUUGUGCGCACAUCUACCAACAAAGUAAAAUGUCCGGUAUUUGUAGUCAGGUGGACCCCUGAAGGGCGCCGCUUGGUAACUGGAGCUUCCAGUGGAGAAUUUACUUUAUGGAAUGGGCUCACAUUCAAUUUUGAAACUAUUUUGCAGGCUCACGAUAGCCCAGUUCGUGCCAUGACAUGGUCCCACAAUGAUAUGUGGAUGCUGACUGCUGACCACAGCGGCUAUGUUAAGUAUUGGCAGUCCAACAUGAACAACGUCAAGAUGUUCCAGGCGCAUAAGGAGGCGAUUAGAGAGGCCAGUUUCUCCCCAACGGACAAUAAAUUUGCCACCUGUUCAGAUGACGGCACUGUUAGGAUCUGGGAUUUUCUACGUUGCCAUGAGGAAAGAAUCUUACGAGGACAUGGUGCUGAUGUAAAAUGUGUUGACUGGCAUCCAACCAAAGGCCUUCUUGUCUCCGGAAGCAAGGAUAGCCAACAGCCAAUUAAAUUUUGGGAUCCUAAGAAUGGGCAGAGUCUUGCAACACUACAUGCUCAUAAAAAUACAGUAAUGGAGGUGAAGUGGAACUUAAAUGGAAACUGGCUGCUGACUGCAUCCCGAGAUCAUCUGUGCAAACUCUUCGAUCUUCGAAACCUUCGUGAAGAGUUACAGGUGUUUCGUGGUCACAAAAAAGAAGCUACCGCUGUUGCCUGGCAUCCAGUGCACGAGGGUCUCUUUGCCAGUGGGGGAUCUGAUGGCUCUCUUCUCUUCUGGAAUGUUGGGAUUGAAAAGGAGGUAGGAGGCAUGGACAUUGCACAUGAGGGGAUGAUCUGGAGCCUUGCUUGGCAUCCACUUGGGCAUAUUCUCUGUUCAGGAUCCAAUGAUCAUACCAGUAAAUUCUGGACGCGGAACCGGCCUGGAGACAAAAUGCGAGACCGCUAUAACUUGAAUCUACUACCUGGCAUGUCAGAAGAUGGUGUUGAAUAUGAUGAUAUUGAACCCAACAAUCUGGCUGUUAUACCUGGAAUGGGAAUCCCAGAACAGCUGAAAAUUGCAAUGGAACAGGAACAGAUGAGCAAAGAGGAAUCUAUUGCAGUGGAAAUGACAAUUCCUGGGCUGGACUGGGGAAUGGAGGAAGUAAUGCAGAAGGAUCAAAAGAAAGUACCUCAGAAAAAAGUUCCAUAUGCUAAACCCAUCCCAGCUCAGUUCCAACAGGCCUGGAUGCAGAAUAAAGUACCUCUCAUACCAGCGCCUGAUCAUGUUCCCGAACGAAAGGAAGAAGUUAAAGUCGAUGAUAAGAAAAAGAACCAGGCUGAGAUAGAGCAGGAAAUGGCAGCUCUGCAGUACACCAAUCCUCAAAUGCUGGAGCAAAUAAAGAUUGAAAGAAUAGCCCAGAAACAAGAUGUUACAGGGCAACCUCAAGGCCUUCCUUCUCCAUUGGCAGUGCCACCCCAUGUGCCCUCAGCAUUCCAGGGCACAGGACCACAAACCCAGCCACCCCAGGCAUUCCAGCAACCUCCUCCCUCCCAACAGAUGACAGUGAACAUGCCACAUGGUCCUCAAGGACAAUUCCGACCUCAGGGGCCUACAGGUCCGCAAGGUUUCAUGGGCCCAGGUCCACAAGGUCUAAGACCUCAAGAAAUGCAUCCUGGGUUACCCAGGCCUCCAGCUCCACAUGGAUCUAUUGUCCCCCAAGGUCCUCUACAAAAUACAGUGCCACAAGGUCACUUGGGAGCUCAAGGGCCUCCAGGUCCUAGAGGAAUCCAGGGUGUGGCUCCUCACCAUGGCAUGCAGGGAGCACCAGGCCCGCAAGCACCACUUAUGGGUGUUACUCCAAGAGCUCAAAUGCCCCAUGGACUUAGAGACAAUCAAGGUCCUAGUCAAGGUAUGCUAAUGGGUCACUCUGCACAAGAUAUGAGAGGACCUGCAGGUGCAAUGGUUGGACAUGGACCAGAUCUACGUGGACCCAUGGAAAUGAGGGGUCCCUCAGAAAUGCAUGGACCACAAGAUAUGAGAGGUCCCUCCGACAUGCAUGGCAUCCAAGAUAUUAGAGGUCCACCAGAUAUGCGUGGUUUGCAGGAUAUGAGAGGUGGAGGACCUGAUUUACGUGGCCCUCAGGAUAUGAGAGGACAGAUGGACAUACGUGGCCAUCAGGAUAUGAGAGGUCCUCCCGAAAUGCGAGCUCCCAUGGACAUGAGGGGUCCCCCGGACAUGCGAGGCCCUCAGGACAUGAGGGGUCCUCCGGACAUGCGUGGCCCUCAGGACAUGAGGGGUCCUCCGGACAUGCGUGGCCCUCAGGAAAUGAGGGGUCCCCCGGACAUGCGUGGCCCUCAGGAAAUGAGGGGUCCCCCAGACAUGCGUGGCCCUCAGGAAAUGAGGGGUCCCCCGGACAUGCGUGGCCCUCAGGAUAUGAGGGGUCCCCCAGACAUGCGUGGCCCUCAGGACAUGAGGGGUCCCCCGGACAUGCGUGGCCCUCAGGACAUGAGGGGUCCCCCGGACAUGCGUGGCCCUCAGGACAUGAGGGGUCCCCCGGACAUGCGUGGCCCUCAGGACAUGAGGGGUCCCUUGGACAUGCGUGGUCCCCCUGAUAUGCGCGGCCCUCAGGACAUGAGAGGUCCUCAAGAUAUGCGUGGCCCUCAGGAUAUGAGGGGUCCUCCAGAUACUCGUGGUCCUCAUGAUAUGCGCGGUCCCCCGGACAUGCGUGGUCCCCAUGAUAUAAGGGGUCCUCCAGACAUGCGAGGUCCUCCUGAGAUGCGUGGGCCUCAAGAUAUGCGAGGUCCUCCAGACAUGCGUGGACAACAGGAUAUGAGAGGUGCUCCGGAACUUCGUGGUCCUCCAGAUAUGCGUGGUCCUCAAGAUAUGAGGGGACAUUCAGAUAUGAGAGGCCCUCCUGACAUGCGAGGUCCACCAGAUAUGAGAGGACAGUCUGAUUUACGUGGUCCUCAGGAUAUGAGAGGCCCGCCUGAUAUGCGUAAUGCACAAGAUAUGAGAGGCCCCCCUGAUAUUAGGGGACCUUCAGAUAUGCGAGGCCCUCAAGAUAUGAGGGUGCAUCCUGAUAUGCGUGGACAACAAGAUUUGAGAAGACCGAGUGACAUGAGGGGUACCCAUGAAAUGCGGGGUCCUCAGAAUAUGAGGGGUCCCUCUGAUAUACAAGAAUUGAGAGCUCCUCAAGAUAUACACCUUUCUGAUUUGAGAGCCACUCCUGACAUGGGAGAAAUUAGGAGUCCUCAGGAUGUAAGAGGAUCUCAAAAUAGAGGAGCAUCUCAAGAUAUCCGGGGACCAUCUGGAUCUCAAGGAAACCCACAAGUACCUCAUAAUCAACAGAACCCACCAAGAGCGGCCCAACCACCACCUCAAAAGGCUCCAUUACUGGGAGAUGGCCCCAGGCCAUUUAACCAGCAGGUUGGUAAAGGCCAGGCCCCAACUCCUCUACUCCCUGGUUUAGCGGGACAGCAAGGCCCACAAGGACGUGUACCACCACUGAACCAAGGGCCUAGUCCUAACAAAGGUGAUAUUCGUGGACCAGUAACCCAUCAGUCAGAAAGGAGACGUGAGCCAAGUCCUGAGCGUGGCCCUUUUAGAGGUGGACAAGAGUGGAGUGAUUCACGUGACAAUAGAGGUCAUCCUGAUAGACGUGGAACUCAUUCUGAUCCACAUGAACACCCAGACGAUUAUCACCCAGAUGAUCGUUAUGGUCCUCGUAGAGAAUUUGAUGGAAGAGGAGGUGGCCAUGCAUCGCAGGAUGAUAAGUGGAGACGUGGAGGAUCUAGCCAGCCAUAUCCUUCAAACCAUAGAGAUUUUCCAGAACGGGAAAGAGAUUCCAGCAGAUGGGAAGGGAGGAGACACUCAGAGGAGAGAUAUUCUAGAGACUCUGAAGAUAUGAGGUUUCGGGGACAGAGAGAUGAAAGUUUUCGCAGAGCUGGUCCUCAAAGACACGAAGGCCGUGGUUCACGAGGAAGAGAGAACUUUUCCAAUGCUGAGGAAUUUCCACCAGAGGAAAAUUUUGAUUCAAAGGAUGAUUCUAUAAGAGGGCGAGAUGCAAGUAGGGGGCGUGGACGUGCCUCUCAGAGAGAAGGACGAAAGGGUCUCCUCCCCACCCCAGAACAGUUCGCUGGUUCUGACCGUGGGCCAAAUCACCAGACUCGGGAUCCUGGUAGAGAAACUGGAACAGAACACUUUCACGAGAGCCCUCGUCGGGAUAUUCCCACCCCAGAAAGUCACUCUCCAGCUAGUAGGGAACGUUCAUCCUCAUUACAGGGGAUGGAUAUGGCUUCUCUUCCGCCACGCAAGAGGCCUUGGCAUGACGGGCCGGGGACUCCUGACCACAGAGAUAUAGAUGCGCCUGGAGGUGUACCUGAAGAAACUGGAAAAGGUCGUGAGAGCUCAGCUCAUUCUUCAAGAUCACAAAGGCCCAACCGCUCCAGCUCACAGGAGCAGGAUGAGAGUUCGAGGGCAGGGCGAGGGUCAGGAAACUGGAGCAGAGGAGGCUCUGGAACAAACAGCACUAUGAACUCCAACCAGUCAUGGCGAGGAGGUCAUAGGUCUAGUGGGAGCAGUAGUGGAGGUGGAAGGAGUCGGUAGGAAAUCCUAACCAGUACUCCAACAGUCUCUUUCCACAAGUCCAUAUUGGACCAAAUAUAUUAAAACUUUAAGAGACUACAGAACAGUAUCCAAACUGUAAAGACGAUUUCUGUUUAUGGUUCUAAGCUUCUGUACAGUAACAGCCAUGGAAAUUGAAGCAUCGUUCAUCUUAAGAAGACCGAAUCCUUGAUGGAAAACAAAAUAACACAACCUUUUUUGUUUUCCUUUUUCAUUUCAGUAAUUUUCCCCCCUCACUGGUAUUACAGUGCUGACAUGCACUGUACAUCCCUAAACUUUUGGGGAUAUGUUAUGGAAAAAAAUCUGUACAGUUUGUCAGGAAUUGAGUUGUUUUUUGUUUCUUUUUGUAUGCAAUUCCGAAUGUAAUUUGCUCAAGAAAUAACAAAUGAAAAAGUCUUCUAGAACUUGUUUUACAUUCUGGAUACGAAAGUUCCUGUUGUGUAUAUAUGAGAGAAUUCCUGGAUUUUAGGUCAGAAUAUUAUGUUUGCAGCCAACGCAUCUGAUAUUAACACACUGCAAAAGUAUGCAAUACAGAGUAUGACUUUUUAUUUCCUAUGCCUUUCACUCACUCUUCUCCUUGAUAUUCUAUUCAUAAAAGCUGCUGUUUGUAAGUGACUGUCUUAAAGCAUAAGAGGAGCAGCUGAACACACAGAUUAAAUUACAUUAAAAAAAAAAAAACCUUUAAUCUUGGGGUUCAUAAAAGUUGAAAAUGCUUUUUGGGGAAUACAUUAUGUGCUCUCCAGUAAUUGCUUGGAGAGACUGUUUAUCUGCCUCAUACCAUAAAAGUGCACUGUCUGCCUUCUGAUACCUCUCGAAUUAAUGUUGUAUUCUGUGCAUAAAGUUUAUUGACAGAUGGGAGCAGAUGGACACACCUUUUCAAACCUGGUGUAAAACUAUUUACAGAUUCGUGCAUGUUUCUAUAUUCUAUGAAAGAUGCUUUCCUCUUUGUUUGUUGUUAAAUCUGUUCAUGUUUCUGAAAAAGUUACAUACCUUAUUGUCUCCGAUAACCUGUUAAGAUAAAAUAGGUAUUGGGAACACAAGGGACUGUUCCUGAAUCCAGA